UCGAAAUCAACGAUUGGAUAUCGACCAGGUCUCUGAAUAUAUUACCUUCAAACAAUACUCCUUUCAUCAUGAAUUUGCUAAGCACCAUUCUUGCCCUCGUUGUCGUGUCAAUGGCGACUGCCGUUACGGCGGCCAACCUCGACAACAAUAUUGAAGCACGCGGAUGCGCCACUAUUGGUAUGUCGUGCAAGAAAAAUAGAGACUGCUGUGCGUCAUACUCGUGCAAGAACACCGUGGCAAAAAAUCUUUCUGUGUGCCAAUGAGAAGCUUAGUGGGCUGCAUAUAUGAUAAAUUUCACGAUAUGAUGAUCUGUCCCCCUAGGAUGGUUCGAAGACGCCGGAGAGAGGAGUCAGAGCGCCUGUGUCAGAGGCAUGCAGGGCGAUUAUAUUACCUCACAAGUGAAAGCUUAAACAAAUGAAAUCCA